UGCGAGAGGAAGCCCGGGGUCUCUCCGCCCCUAAGCGUUAGCUCGUCCGAGAAGCGCCCAGACCUGCCCCGUCUGUCUGGUUGUAGGAGUCGGCGUCCAGGUGAUCGCGGAGACAGCUUUGACACCAGAGGAGUCCAGAUGAGCAGCAGCAGCAGCACCAGGAGACAAAGCCAGAAACAAAGUGCUAGACUUCCCAGCUUUCAGAGCACGAAAAGUAUGAAACAUUCAAAGAACGCCUUGGGAAGAGCACACCACACGAAAGAUAAAGCCUACCAAAAGCCACCUGAUGUGUCCCCUUUUCCUGAUCGUUCAAAUGCCUUCUGCUUGGGCAGGCUGGAUGAAAAUGAGCAAGAAGAGGAGCCUUAUGAGGCCUUUGCUCCUCCUCUGCACAGUACUGCCAUCUAUGCCGAUGAGGAAGAAUUGCACAGACUGUCUGGAUCGUCGGUCCCCUCAGCUCCUCCAGGGAAAGACACUCUUGAAGAAAGCCUGCAGCUCGCCCUUGAUGAAUCUGAAAGCAGUGGUGGAACCAGACAAGAUCAGCCAGCCAAGAAAAUGAGCCCACAGCAGCACGGAGCUAUUCCAGCCACAGCACCUUCGGAACUUUCCCCCAAACCUAAGGUCACUCUGAAAAGAAAAAAAAAGGGUGGGAAUCCUGAGGUACUGGAUGAGAUGUAUGGUGACAAUUCUGACGGUGCAUUUAUUUGGUGUCUAGAAGGAAAGAAAACCAGGGACAUCCAGGAGUUGGAUGUAGUUUUGUCUGCAUUUGAGGAAACCUUCUCAGAGUAUGUUUCUGUGCUGACUCCUCGCAUUAUGAUUUCGGAUAUUGAAAAGAAAAGGCAGCGUUUGAUUGAAGCCCAGAACGAACUGCUUCGGUUGGAACCACAACUGGAACAGCUCCAAACAAAAUACAAAGAGCUUAAGGAGCGAAAAUCUUCCCUUACAAGUGCAGCAUCCUUCUUGUCUGGCUUACAGCAGCUUCAUCAGGAUUAUUCAGCUGUUCCAGAAAAAGAACCAGACACCGCACAAAUGUAUGAUGCAUCAAGCCUCCCGGCUCUGUUAAUGAAGGCACGGGGUCUUUUGGGAGCUGAAACUCACCUGCGGAAUAUUAACCAUCAGUUAGAGACGCUCCUUGGUCAGGAAUGAGACCGUCUACUGGACUGUCCCUGUACAGAGACCCGCCUCAUGCCACUGUCAGCCUUCUGAAACUCUUACUUGUAAAUAAAAUUCUUUUUUAAUUAAA